AUGGACGAAGCAUGCCAGCCACCCGAACUCAGCGAUGCGCUGUACAGCGCAACCGUCCUCCAGCUACCAGCCGACAAGUCCGAAGAUCACCUCGACCUCGAACUGCUGGCCAGGGCCCACGCUCUCGGCAUCCGGGCUUCUCUGUCCUCCGUCUCCCACUACAGGCGCCCCGCCUCGGUCGCCCUGUCUGAAUCUUGCGCCUCGUCCUCGCAGGAGCAGCUUUUCUCUACGGCUUCUGAUGGCUCCGCCAGCACAUAUCUCACUCCGCACUCCUCCAUCAUCGGGCCCCCUAGCCCUGAUGUGGCGACGGCCGACCAGGCCAGCUCCAGGCACCCAAAGCUCCCGAGCUUUUCUCCCUACGAAAAGUUCCUGGCGCAUCGAAACCCCGCCCCUGACUCGACCAAGUCGACGUCGGGCAAAUCGUUCACCACCGACAGCUCGGCCCAGAGCAUCUUCAGUGUCAGCACCCGAAAAGGACUGUCAGGGUUUCGGAGCCGGAUGACGUUGAGGAAAAAGUCUACCCGGUCUUUUGAGCCCAGCUUGAUCUGUUAUGGCUGCCGAACCGAGUUCCGCACAUCGGCCUCGCUGCACAUUCUCCCCUGUGGUCAUAGUAUAUGCAACGACUGUCUCAAACUCAAGAUCUCCGAGGCCUCUGGAGACGAGUCCAAAAUGCCGCCACGUUGCUGUUUGCCGGUGCCAGCUGCCGCCAUCCAAAGGCUUCUCGAGCCUGCAGCGCAAGAAACGUUUCUUCGCGCGGUUGUUCAGUUCAGCACACCGAUGGAGUCGAGAAUAUUCUGCACCGGUGCCUCGUGCGGCGAGUUUAUCCCCCGGCGGAAGCAUGUGGACCCCAAAGCUCCAUUCACCGCGACCUGCCACAAGUGUCACACCCGAGUUUGCACCAUUUGCAAACGCGACGCCCACCCGAUUGGCAAGGACUGUCCCGAGGACCUGGAGGUGGCUGCGUCUCCCGAGGUUGGUGAUAGACCGAGUCGGAAGAGAUGCUACAAGUGCCGCAGUCUCGUCGAGAACACGCGAGAUUGGAGCCACUUGACUUGCGCCUGCAAAGCCCAGUUCUGCUCUCUGUGUGGAGGGGUUUGGGACUCGACUGUUGGCUGCCCCAACAUCUGUAGCAGUGAGGAGGAGGGCGUCAGGCGACGCGACUCGGACGAUGGUGGUUCGACGACUCAGGACGUCCUUCGCGAUGCGGCGGAAGCGGAGAGGCGCUCGGCACAGCACCCCGACGUGAAGAAAUUGCAACUUUCACUACAGCAGGAGUUGCAGCGGUCCUGCGACUUCAUGGCGGAGACACGGAGCUCCAUACUCACGCGGCAUUCGCUGCAGCGUGUCAACCUGUUGAGCAAUCAGACGGAUCAAAGCUCCCAGAUCAAGGAGAAGCACGUCGCGACAGCAGCUCAGCUCGAAGAUCGCCAAAUCACCGAAGAGAUGGAACUGCGAGCCUCCCUCGAACAGAGCGAGCGCACCAUCAAGGUGCGCAUCAAGCAUAUGGAAGCAUACUGCGAGGGCUUGGGCCGGAACCCGAGCGGCCACGAGAUGCCUCCACGUGUGGUAACGGAGCAGAAUCUUCGAGACCUGGGGCACCAGUAUAACCUCCGUGACGACAUGGAGCGCCAGCAUCAGUCCAAGAUUAACAUGAUGCGAGACCGACAAGCCAACCGAAUGGAGGAGCUGCUCCAACGCCAGGCAGAAGAGCUUCAGCAGCUCACGGAAACGCAUCAGGCCGAAAAGAGGGAACUUGACGAGACUAUGGCGCGCGAUGAGGAGGCGUUGAACCGCUUAUUCGACGUGCGCAACGCUCGACUAGCGGCGCGGUGGAACCUCGCCAUCGAAGUGCUAUGCAAGGAGCUCGAAGAUAAGGACGGGGUCAGAUAUGCCCCGGUAUCCCCACCGAGCUGGCCCGACGCAGAGAAGACUCACGAAUCAAUGGUUCCCCAGGAGACCGUGGCACUCAUAUCAUAA